AUGGAGGGUAAGCAGACUGCUGGGCGUAAAAAAAUUCCAUUAGCGAAAAUAGAAAAAGAAGCCGACCUAUAUUCCACAUUCUCUAAACGUCGUAAAAGCUUAUAUAAAAAAGCAAGUGAAAUUGUUAGAGAAUGUGAUGUCGACAUGGGAAUAGUUCUUUCUUCCCCUGCUGGUAAACCAUUUUCUUUUAUUUCUCCAACUCCUAAAGCAGUUAUCGAUCGUUUUAUGAAUCCCACAAUAGAAUUAAGUGAAGGUGAGAAACUCGUUGCUGCAAAUGCACGUAACAAUAUAAAUCAAAACAACGAUAGGCUUCUUGAAUUUGAUACAAGAGAAAAGGCUGCAAAAAACAAAAUGUUUUCCUUAGAACAAAUGAAUAAGACUAGAGAUAAAGGAUGGUGGGAGUCCCCUGACCAGUUCAGUGCAGAUGAUAUGAUCAACUUUGAAAUUUGGUUAAAUAUCGCUGAGUUGCAGCUAGAAAAUGGAGCUUCAUCCUCCUCACAGCCCCCACCACAGGAUCCGACUACUAGUGCUUCGUGA